AUGGCCGACGCAAACAAGGGCUUGGUGCAGCCCUUUCUGGGCGCCCUUCAAGCCUGCAUAUCCGUUCUGCUGACGCUUCUGUACGGCGUGGUGACGCGACAAGCAAACUUGAUCCAUGAAAGCUCCAUCAAUGAAAUGUCCGGCAUCUGCGUGAAGAUCUUCCUCCCUGCGCUGACUCUCGUGAAACUCGGCUCCGAGCUGCAUUUGGCCAUUGCUGUGAACUAUCUCCCUGUGUUCAUCUGGUCCAUUCUCUAUACAGUCAUAUCGAUAGCCAUCGGAAGGGCAUUUACUUACCUCCUUCGUCUGCCGCAAUGGGUGACGCCAGCAGUGACUUUCAAUAAUACAAGCUCGCUGCCUCUUCUUUUGCUGCAAACGCUGCACUCGACCGGAAGCCUGAAGUUGAUUCUCUCGCCAGGACAGACCGAGCAGGAUGCGCUGAACCGGGCGCAAUCGUAUUUCCUAGUGUGUGCGGUGGUGUCAAAUACCAUUGGAUAUGCUCUUGGACCGCGGAUGUUGAGUGACAAGGGUAGGGGUGAUAGGAAGCACGAUGACGAGGAGGAUCAACAGAAUGUGCCACCAGAGAAUCUAGCCGUGACAUCCGAAGCUCAGCAACAAUUCCGACACGACAUUCAAAACGGCCAACCCGAUCACUCAGAAACCGAGGGCGGUGAUCAGCAACCAGACGAAGAAGAGCUGGACGAGCGGACCUCCCUCCUACCAAACCCGGCCCAAAAAGCACGCCACAGCAUCAACAACACAGCCCACCACAUCUUCCGAUUCUUCCCUCGACGACUCAGACGAGGCAUCGACGCCAUCGACUCUCCUUUCCUCGACGUAAUCUUCAUCUGCACCGCGACGGGCGUCCUUUUGGGCCUCGUACCGAAGCUUCAUCGCGCAUUCUUUGCUCCGUACGAGCAAGGCGGCAUAUUCAAUGCAUGGUUUGUCACGAGCAUCCAAAACCUCGGUACAUUAUUCACCAGUCUGCAAGUUUUCCUCGUUGGAUGCAAACUAGGCGUGGGAUUUGAGCGGAUGAAGCGCUCGGGGGAUUCGGGUCAAGUGCCGAUUAGGGCUGUCUUGGUGGUGUUUUUUGUGAGACUGGUUCUUUGGCCGGUAAUAAGCAUCCUAGCGCUCUACUAUUUCAUACGCCUUGUCGGAAUCUUCCCCAACGACCCUGUCCUCUGGUUCAUCAUGAUGAUGCUGCCUACCGGUCCGCCAGCACUACUCAUCUCCGGCCUCGCAGAACUGAGCAGCGAGGUGACGAAAUCGGAGAAAAUCGCCAUUGCACGAAUGUUAGCUAUAAUGUACGGUCUCUCACCGCUGAUUUGUUUGACGGUCACCGGUGCGUUGAAGGCUACAGAGGCGAUACGGAGUUUGAAGUCAUGA